AUCUCUCUCUCUUUCUCCGUCAAGCUAUGGCUGACGCUCCUGCUGGCGCAACACCGUACCCUGUGGUCAACGCGGCCCCGAAUGUGGCCGAGACCGUGGCCAACUUUUCAAUGGGCGACGUGUCCAAGUGGGCGCUGAUGACCGGGCUCUCGCUGCCGUUUGGCUGGGCCAUCGGCAAGCCGAUCCGGAUGCAGACCAUGGUGAUGGCAGGCUCGAUCGGGUUUGUGGGCGGCUUUAUGUGGGCGUACCAGAACGCGGCUGGGCGGCUGAUGGGCACGUUUGAGAACAAGUCUGAGGUCAAGCGGCACUACUCGCAGUGAGUCUGCUCGGCAGCGUGAAUAAAGACAGAAAGCGUCUC